CCAGUUGAUCGGAUUCAGUUGUCAAUCACGUAAAUAAUCGUAGAAAUUUGUAUACCACGAAGGCAUUUUGAACUAUCAAUAAAGUGCACACCUUCUAGAAACAGACACCUCCACUUACUGAUAACCAACUACUACUAUUAUUACCACAAUGAUAUAAAUUGGUAGCUUGAUUACCACGAAGGCAUUUUGCUUAAUGGAAGAAUAAAUCAUCUGAAAAAGUAAAAAAGAUUCAUCAGUACAAGGAGAUAGAAAAGACAUUUAACCUCCCCUGUUUUCAAACUAAAAAAACCCCACAACAAUGGCGGCCGAUUGGCAAAACCUUCCGGAUGAGCUCCUCAACACAGUGGCCACAAAAUUAACCACCCUCUCCGCCAACAUCCGUUUCACCGGCGUAUCCCGAUCGUGGAGACUCGCCGGCUUACAAGAUCGCCACCGCCUAAUCGGACGACAAAUUCCAGGCCUCAUUCUUCCUCCUCCUCCUCCUCCCUGCAAUAACAACACCCUCGGCACCCGCAAGUUCAUUCCACUAACAGAGUUCAUCAACCAUCACCAUAAUGAGAGCUGCAACAGCAAUAACAAUGUCCUUGAAAUUCCAUGGCGGCUGGCAGAGAGGAGCCUCUGCAUCGGGUGGUGCAGAGGAUGGAUGCUUGUUCUUGAUUACAAUUGCAAAUUGACUCUGCAGAACCCUCUAACCGGUUCCGAAUUCGCUCUGCCCGAAGAACAGAAGGUGGAGAGAAUCAAGCACCUGGAUUUCCUGUUGUGGGGAUACAGGCGUUCCAGAAGAGUCUCAAUCCAAGCUCCUCCUCCCUGCAGCGGUACUCACUCCGUUUCGGUUUCCGAUUGGUUCGUCGUCGUCGUCCAGCCUAUUGAAACCUACCUGAAGUAUUGCAGGGUUGGGGAUGGAAAGUGGAAAGUUCUGGAGUUUCCAGAGUAUCAAUUUGGGGUGAAGGAUUACAUAGUGGAUGCACUCUGCAGCAGCCUGGAAGAAGGGUGUCUCUACGUGUUGAUGAGUACAGGGGAGCUCUUCUGCUGCGAUUUCGAUGGCAGGGAGGAAGAGGAGAAGAAGAAGAGGGUUGUGGCGUUUGGGAGUAUGGAUACGAAAUUCAACAGAGGGAAAGUUUUGAAGUCACUGGUGGAAGUUGAGGGGGAAAUCCUGCUGGUUCAUGGGAACAGAGAAUGUGGGAAAAGUUGUGAUGACAGGUUUUACUCAAGAACUUGUGGGUUUGAUGUGUAUAGAAUUGAUAGAGAGGGAAGGAAGUGGGUUGAGAUUACAGAUCAAUUGGGAGGGUUUGCUGUGUUUCUAUGGUUUGGGCAGCCAUUUUCGGUUCGAGCAGAGUGGGAAUUGGGGAUCAGAGGGAGUUGCAUUUACUUUCUGGAGAUGGAACAAUGUCGUGGUUCUGAUAGGAAACUUUGGUGUGAUAUUGGUGUGUUUGAUCUGAAGACCUCGAAGAUUGAGUUCUUCCAUGUCGAUUCCGAGUUGGAGAUGCCAUGUCCAGGGAGACCAGUUCGACUUCCCGUACCCAUAGCUCCAGUGCCAUGGUAAGACAAGAGGAUGGAAGCUUGAUUAGCAGAAGGAAAGGUGCAUAGACAAGAAUAAUCAUACACGUGGAUACUCGCCGUAAUUCGAUCUAAUUGUGUAGGAUAAAAUUCGAAUUCAAAA